AUGGCCGAAGUUGAGAGUGCUUUGCACUUUUCAGUGAUUGAAUGGCUCACAUUGUGUGGCUUAAAUGAAUUUCAAACGCAUUUUUCAAGUGAAGGAUACGACGACUUAGACGUUAUUGCUGAAAUGACAGCCAAAGACAUUGAAGAUUUAGGCAUUUCAAAGAAGGGACAUGUAAAAAAAUCUUGCUCAGUAUUGAGGAUCUGAGAAAAAAUCUGCGGGGAAAAAGAAUUCAACAGAGACUUGCUCCUCCAACUAAAAAAAGAUUGGUUCAGUUAGGUAUGCUAUGAAUAAUACUGCAAGAGUAUUAAAAAACUGUGGUAUAACUCGCCACUUAAGCCCACUUGCUCUAUUUAUAAUAAUGAACAUACAGUGAACUACAGAGUAAAUUAUUUACAGGCAGCAAAUUAUAGAUUUUGUUUGCCAAUUUCUAUAUAUUUAAUACUCGUGUAAACAUUACUGUAUUCCUCUGACAGGAAGCAAUGACUGCAAGCAAUUUUACUGAAUAUUUAAAUGUUGACACAUUGUAUGAGAAAAGGUUAAUUUAUAGUUCUGUUUUACUUUGUGGUAUAGUCCUUCCAUGCUCAUCUAAGGCACCUAUUCCAGACGAACUACCACACACAAAGUCCAAGUGGUGGUACACAAACCCACAGCACCCUCGAACAAAAUAUUUCAAUGAAAUCCUACCAGCUAUAUUUGCAGCAGCCAGACCUCAUAUGAGUGAAUCUGUAUUUGAAGCCUAUCUAUUUAAGGAGCGUGGAAGACGGUGGCAAAUAAAAUUAAAGCUUGAAAAACUUGAAAGAAAGCUCAAUUACCUCUUGUCGGAAGAUAACAAUGCAUGUUUCGGGAACUAUUUAAUUCCUCUUGAAAAUUCGAAAGCAACAGAUAUUGACCACUGCGAACGUGGAGUAAAAGAAAUAUCAUUGAUAGAAGAAAUUGUGUUAAAAGAAAAGUCAGAGGUUCGAAGAAAUUAUGAAAUGUUGUUUGACAAGAAGGGCCAACAGUGUAAACCAUGGGCAAAAGAGCAGCGACAAUAUUAUGAGACAUUGCUGGAAAAUUUGAAUUUUCUGCUUGAUACCACAGAAGAUGCUAAAUCCAAACUCAGCUUGAAUCUUUCUACAAGCAAAAAGGCUUUUGCUGCUAUUGCAUCCAGAAAAAAAUCUAGCCUGGUUAAAAGAAGAAGAAAGGAAAACAAGAGAAAGACAAGGAAGCGAAAAAAGGAAAGAGAAGAAUCUGCUGUGAAACGUCUAAUGGAACAACUUGUUGAUAAUUACACUUUCAAAAACCUUUAUUUUCCAGAUGGAUAUUGCAAGGAGACAGGAAGUCAGCAUGCCAUCACAGAAGAUGAGUUGAAUCUAGAAGUUCUUCAAAACUUAAAAACAAAGUCAAGUAUUAGAGUAUUAGAACUUCUAUACAGUCAAAGUUGCUUUGCACUUGAUGCUCUCCCUGUAAUAGGGCAAACCAUGGACAGACUGGAAGCCCAAUAA